GUAAAGGCACACGAAUGCCUACAGCAAGAAGUUUGAGCGAAUAUUUCGUUUUGGGGAAACUUUAGGCUAUUAGUUUGUGGGCUUAUGACUUUAGUUGUCAUGGAAAUAUGAAGGGGACACCUAGGCCUAUUUGGCCGUCGUUGUGUCUUGACUCUGGACUCGCUGACAUCAUGUCUGGUGAAGAAAGGCAACCGACGGAGGCUGUUUUCACUCAUCUAGAACAAGGAGAUAUUUUUGUCGACACAGGUUCGUCUGGACCUGAUGAUCUUUUCGAGGAGGACUGCUUCACUCCGUCCUCUCUCUCCCCGUCGUCCUCCGUUUCUCUGCAGGGGAAACCCCUGUGCACCUCCUGCGGCCUGGAGAUAGUGGACCGAUACCUCCUUAAGGUGAAUGACUUUUGUUGGCACGUGCGCUGCCUCUCAUGCAGUAUAUGUAACGCAUCACUGGGGCGACACGUGAGCUGCUACAUCAAGGAUAGACAAGUGUACUGCAAACUUGACUACUUCAGAAAAUAUGGGACCCGUUGCGCUCGUUGUGGUCGUAACAUCCAUUCCACUGACUGGGUGCGCCGGGCACGAGGCAGCACCUUCCACCUGGCCUGUUUCUCCUGCACCUCUUGUAAGCGCCAGCUGUCCACUGGGGAGGAAUGUGGACUACUAGAGAACAGGGUCUUCUGCAGGCAACACUAUGACAUUAUGUUGGAGAAUAUCAAACAUGUUAAGGAAAAUGAGCAACCAAAUGUAGAGGAAGAGGUGGUAGAGAAAGAAGAGUCCAGCACCAUGCCAAGACCUGCUAAGAGGGCCAGGACCAGCUUCACUGUUGACCAGUUACAGGUAAUGCAAACUCAGUUUGCUAAAGAUAACAACCCAGAUGCCCAGACUCUCCAGAAACUGGCAGAGAGGACCGGACUGAGCCGUAGAGUUAUUCAGGUAUGGUUUCAGAACUGUCGAGCUCGUCAAAAGAAAUACAUCAGCCCAAAUUCUACCUUGAUGACAUCAUUUGCUCCUGGUCAGCUGACACCACCAUUAAUGGAGGAUCUCCAAUACACAACCUAUAUGUCCCCAGAUGCACCCCUCUACAAUACACUGACUUAUAUGGAUGUCCAAACUCCAGACCCCCUAUUACUUCAGCCACUUAUAUCCCAUUCGCUGACACAACUGCCAGUGAGCCGUGCCUGAGCUACAGCCUGCCUCUCAAACUGAAGACUGUUUGGCUGAUGGGAGAUGAAGAGCAUAUAUUACUCUUUAAUACAAGUGUAGUGAGGAAGACUUUAAUAGACUGUCCAAAAUGCCAGAAAUUUGAUUAAACUAUUAGUUUAAUUGUCACUGUGUGUGAGCAAAUAACUG